AUGACCGUGACCACGAUUAUAGAUAAACGAUUAUUUAUAAAUAAAACUAUGCGGUAUGAUUACAACUGCCUACUGGUUUUGUUGCACUGCCUAAACCAUCGUUUAGAACUGGCAGUUCAUGACUCAAUAAAAGACAUAGGUGCUUUAAACCACUUUAAAUCUUUCAUUGAUUCUUUAUACGUCUUAUACAACGCUUCUCCUAAGAAUCAAAAUGAACUCAGAAAUGUGUGUAAUGAAUUAGAUAUUUUAUUUUUGAAACUGGGUAGAGUUCUUGAUGUCCGUUGGGUGGCCAGUAGCUGGAGGGCCAUUAAUGCUGUAUGGAAAACAUUUCCAGCUUUGUGUGAUCAUUUUUGUAAUGCUGCAAAUGAUUCAACUAAAGAUUCUAAAACUAGAAACAAAUAUCUUGGCCUAAAAAAAAGAUUGGCAAGUCCAGAAUUUGUAUCAGACCUGGGUUUGAUGUGUGAUUGUCUACAAGAACUAUCUAUACUAUCUAAUCAAUUACAAGAACGUACAACUACACUUAUUCAAGGCCAAAAGCACAUUAAAAGAACGAUAAGGAUUAUAGAAUCAUUUAAAGUUACUCCGUGA